AUGCGAUACCUUAACUCAGGAAGCUCUUUGAACGACAGCUACGACGUGUCUCUGUCGAGCGACCAUGGCGGGGCCCAAACUGACCGAUCAGAGUCCCUAGAACCCUCGGAGUCCGUUCGGCCUAUGUCAGACCAAGUAGAGCUCAUUAACGCUCGCAUUUUCGACAAUUCAGACCGCACCCUGUUUCUGCGUGUAAUGGGUCGUAUUGGCACCCGCUGCACCUAUGCGGCAAUGGCCACAACCAUCGACCGGGUGUUUCGCGAUGAGAAAUGGACGUAUGUUUCAGUGCUUGGUCCCGAGGAACUGACGAAAAAGAUCACCAACAAACUCAAAACGCUCAACAAACAUCAUACUCACCAGGAUCUAGAACGCCAGCGCUAUCUGAUGAACAAGGAUUGGUAUGAACGCGUAGAAGAGCGUAUCGUGCGUCGUCUCAACGAUUCAUCGCAACCACCAGUGCGAACAAAUGCUCCUUCUUCAAGUAAUGUUCGCCAGAGCUCUCGCCGAGUGCGGUACUCUGAGGCAGAAGAAAAAAUGUUCCGUCAUUGGAUGGUGAGCUUGACCGAGAAUGCAGUCGGCUAUAUCUACACUGCAUACAAAGGGACUCGCAAACGUGAAAUGCUCAAGCAUAAACUACGUGAAGUCCGCAAAUCAUAUUCUAUUAAAGAGGUGAAAUCCGUUUCUCGCUCUGAAUCAAAAGACGACCUUGCCAGCAACAAUGCUGAAGCUGAUAACUCGGACGGCGAAGAUAAGCACCCGGCUGCCUCCGAUGGCAAGUUCCAGCAGGUGGUCACAUACCGUCGCCUUUAUAAACUCGAUUCGUCUGGUCACUUUGAUGAAACCAAAAAAGACAAAUGGGCAGAAGGCCCUAUUCCCGAAGCCGACAAGGCUGCUUUCAAUCGCCGUGUCCUGGAGCUCAAGCAUGAGACUUCAACAUUGAAUACCAACGAUUUCGAUAUGCUUGACACUACAACCUCAGCUUUAGGACCUGAAGAUGAUUUCGACACUUCUACGUUCAUUGGCAGAACUCUGGACGUAGAUGACCCAGAUCGCUUCAUUAGCGAGCAUUUGCGGGAUGCUACGGCGGGUUUGGCUUCUAAUAAUGACGGUAAUCAACAGUCCACUACUGCUAAUCUCAUUGAUGCUCUGCGGGUCGAAAUUUCUUCUUUAACGGAUCGUGCUGGCCACAACCAAACACUAUAUCCAUUCAUUGAUGCUUACAACAAUAUUCUGCAAAGCACUUUGAAGGUGUGUCGUGAAGUCGAACGUAAUAGGCAGGGUGGAGAGAGCCAGUUCUCGUACAAACAGCUGUUUGAGGGUGAAGAAGAUCGUCACCGCGCCUCGGUUGCUCAGGUACAGAACUAUAUGAGCUCGCACGGUGCUAGCCUGGGAUCGGGCCACCCAACCGCAGCGGCAGCAGCCGCUGUUGCAGCAGCCGCGGCUGUUGGUCAAGAGGAUCAAUCCAAGGAACAGGUUUCGAAACGGCAGAAAACUCACUGA